AUGGACUUCAUCAUACAACUGCUGGGCCAGCCUCAGCUCGCGAAGCCUCUGGGCUUCCUCAUUGAUUCUAUCUACACCGUCGCCGCACUGUAUCGGUAUUGGUUCUCUGGCCCGAGCCCGGUGGCUCACGUCGCGCCCACGCGCACCAUCGACGUCCCGGCUCCCUCGGUUAGCAGCAUGACUCCUACCCGCAUGCCGAGUACCGUCCCGGCCCAGUCAUGGACUUCCUCUGUGCUCAUUGCUCUCAUCUUGGUCUUCGUCGUCAUUAUCACUACCGUCGUUGUCAUCCUGUCAGUCGACCCCUCGAAGAAACGCACACGCAAAGUUACCUCGACAGAAACGUCUGCUUGUCCAACGGUUCUGCAGGUCUCUCCGAAAGACGUUCUCGGAUCCGCUCGCAAUGUCCCCCCGUAUAUCGCGCUGUACUUCCUCAGCCAGCCAGAGACGUACGUCGACCUCUACACGGAUAUGGCCGUCGGCCACUACGUCGCCACUGGAUCGAAUGCACCCGCCUCAUACGGGAUCAUGCAUGUCUACAUCAUGAUGCUUCCCGUUCUCACCAUCGUCAAACAUUAUGCCUGCACUGCUCUGGCGCGUUGGUCUCGUUCUCGCCGUUCUGCUUACAAUUCUUUCGCCGCUCCUCUCGCUGGUUCGGUGAUCGAGAACAGCGUUUCUCCGCCGGGCCGAGUUGCGAUUGAGGAGCUGGCUUUGGCUACCACGACAGCGUCAACUGGUCGCAGCUCUCUCUCCCUUGUGAUCGAGAGGACUCCCAGGACGUUCGUCAUUCGUGGCCCCGUUCUUAUCUCGUCCAACCUUCGCCAUCUAUCCGACUCGAACCAACCUUCUACGUCUCUAUCCGCUCUAUGUCUCGCAUACGUCGCCAAAUCGAGUCUUGCCGCUACGUUUGGUCACUUCGGCGUCUUCGCCACCGUCGCAUUGGGUUUCCCGGAUCUCGUAUCAACGGCGCUUCGCUUCGCGAGGCACACCCUCUUGGCGCCCGUCACCAACCCCGCACGCGUCGCACUGACCAUCGCGCGCGCUUCCCGGCAUGCAGCCACGAAAUCCGCUCAGCUUGACACCAUCACGGACUCAACCACGACAUCGAUCCCCAACGCCCCGAACACCGCGACCUCUCCCGUCGACGUCUUCGCCUGUUCACCCGUCCCAGGAUCACCGCUCGUCAUCAUGGAGAGUCUGAUAUCGACGAACGGAUGUGUGCAAGUGUCUCGUCGAAGGGCGAUGCUGGAUGCACUCGCGACCGAUACCUAUACCCGGAGUCCGAAUGAUGGUACGAAGCUCGACAUCGCGACGCUUCGCCCUCGACAUGUUCGGUCCUCACGGCGCCGAUCUGCCUCCGCACCGCCUUCCUUACCCGCAUACUCGGAGAGUCUCCGCCGUGUGUAUGCAAUGACUAUUCUUGAUGAGCGUGGCUCGUCAAAGACUCGACGGACGGCUCCCGAGCCAGAACUCCCUCCACGUCCUCAUUCCGCUGCCGGGUUCGCACCGAGCUGGGAAUACCCGAAGGAGAAUAUGUUCAAGUCUGGGCCUUGCGACGCACCGUAUCAUCCACCCCUCACCAGUGACGAAAGGGAAGAAGACACAAUACUCCAGCCUGUUCCUGUGGGAUAUGGAUUUCAGCAGGCCAAUCAGACUGGGGAACCGUCCCGUUCCCAUCGCAAACGCAGUGCGCGGAAAACGAAGCAUUCCCCGCGUAAUCGAGGAGAGAUUAAGCAUGCGGAUAGGUAG